AUCCAACAUGGCGGCUUCGGACUGCAUCCUCCGCAGAAUCUUGAACCGUUCCCGACACGGCUCAGAAAAGAGGUCAGAGGUUGUCUGCAGGGAGACGCUGUAUGUGCUGGACGUGUCUCGCUACACGCGAGACCUGGGGACAUCUGUCUACUUCCCGAACGCCGUCCUGACAGCGGCCGACUUGUAUGACAUCACACUCAGCGACCUGGACUGCCGCCUGCGAGUAACGCUGGAUCCAACUCUGAACCGGCUGGUGGAGAGGAACGUGCUGCGGUGUGGGGCGGCGCUGCAAACCACAGCCUUGGUUCCCGGUAUCACGUGCACCAGCUUCAUCAUGGUGCGUGUGGACGUCAAAGAUCAAGAGGCGGAGGUCAGGGUGUCGGACUGCGACUCGCUGCGCUGGGCCGCGUCCUCCGAAGUGUCAGGUCCUCUGAGGGCCAAUCGCAUGGUUUUCCUUCCUCUGUGGAACAACGUGGACUUCAGCGGCGCCGCCUGGCAGAAGACUCCUCCCUCCAUGGAAGAGGAGGAUGAAGAGGUGGAAGCUCGCCAUCCUAGCGUGACUGUGAAGGACCUGCGUGACGGAUACUUGUCCAAGUGCAUGGGUGUCCUGCGUAGUGUAAUACGCCGUCAGCUGAUCGUACGCAUCAUGACCAAGUCGCAGCUGCUGUACUAUGGCAGACAAGACAGCCAAUGCAGGUGUCCGUACAGGGCACUCUUGGAGGUGUGUGACCACACAGGAAGUGUGUGCGUGGUAUUGUGGAACAGCGUGUGUGUCACAUGGUACCGUCCUCUCAAGCCUGGCGACAUCAUCAGCCUGAGCUACUUCCGGGUCAAGCAGCUGUAUCAGUCUGAGUACGACGACAUCGAGAUCAGCGUAAACAGCCAAAAUCCCACCGCUCGCAUUGCUCUCCUCCCGGAAUCCUCUGUGGCGGCCAACUGCCUGCCGCCAGAACCCGCCUACAGCUUCUACAGCAGCAACGAGCUGCCGGAACGCCCUCACCAAUCCCUGUGUGAUGUCAUCGGCCUGCUCACCUUCGCGGGACGUGCCGAGCGCAUCAGGAGAAAAGACACUCUGGACGGAGGAGGAGGGACGGAGCUGUUGGAGUAUCGCUGGCUGCGGCUGGAGGACGGAACCAGCCCCAGGCCCAUCUGGGUCAAGCUCUUCUCCACGUCUCAGCCUGAAACUCAUAGCACGCUCUGCCCAUUGCUGGUGGUGGUGUGCACUCACUUGAUGGUGGUCCAGAAAGCUGGUGGUGUCUUCUACCUGACUACCACAAUGCACACGCAGCUCUACUGCACAGGUCAGGGCUACCACUCAGAGAUGAGUUAUCGCAAGGUGAAGGCGGUCCGGGUGUUCCUCAAGUGGCUGAAGCAUCAUGAUGAAGCGCGUGUGCAGCAGUCAGCUCUGAUUGGAGGAUUCUUCAUGUACCCUCCUCCUCCCACCUCCUUGGAAAUGUACAUGCAAGAUACCUCUGGUGAGCCAGCUUUCCUUAAAGGGGCAGAGCUUCUAAGGGAGAUGACGAAACUUUGUUAUAGGGAGCGACGUACCUUCUGUGUCCAGGCAACCGUUACCAUGGUGACAUACUGUCGCAGAGGAGAGGAAGAGCACUGCAUCUUUUGGACAGACACUUCUUCAACCCUCCCCCCCUCAUCCUCGCCACCCUCCUCCUCGUCCCCUGCUGGUCAGCUGACGGCCCGCCCACUGCUGCCCCCCAGUGCCAGCAGGCCGUGUAAAAGGAAGCUGCUGUUUCAUUCGGACUCUCCACAAAAGGGGCCACCUCAAGCCACCUUACAAGCAGAGCCCAGCAACAAAACAGUUGUUCUCUUUGAAGCUUCCAUGGAGUUUCUCCAAAAGACCAGCGAAGAAGACGACGAGGACGAGGACGAGGACGAGGACGAUGGGUCCUCUUUUGUCACCUGCCCCUCCCAUCCAGAUUUCCCGCACAUCGCUGCAGAGUCGCUGACGAUGCGCUACGACCCCGCCCACAAGGACCAGCAGGCGGUUGCCGUAGCCAUGGGAGGACGCCUGACUGCCAGUGGUGUCACUUUUGACUCACAGGAUUACUACACCUUCACGCUUAGAAUUUUGUCAGACGGUGUGGUCGUCUCCGCAAUCUUCCUUCCUCAGUCAAAGUCUUCCCUCCUCCUGCCGGCCUCCCUCCCCCACGCCAACACCUGGACCUCUAUCCUGUCCCAUGGUGCCUUCUCCUCACACACACACCCACCCUCACCAGGUGACCUCAUUGCCAUAGCGCCGCUGCUGGCCAAUAAGAGGAUGGUGUGCUUAUUGGAGGCAUGUCAUCUAGGCGGAGACUCCAACGAAGUCGUCCUGAGUCGAGCGUACCUGCUGAGCAGAUGACGUGAGCAGAUGACCCCGUUGUCACCCUUUCAGGGUGUAUGUACUUUAGUUGUUGGUUUAAAAGGUUGGAACGCAGUGUGUAUGUAUGAAUGCUGCAGUACAGUUAAUUGGUUCCAGACCUGACCAUUAUAAGCGAAUUUCUGCGAAGUAGGAUUCCUUAUUUAUAAACAGAAUAUUUCCAUAGUAAGAGCAUCGAAAACCCUCUUCAAUGUAACAUUACUGACACCUAGUGACCAGUGUAGAAUACUACACAUUACAUCUUUGCGUCUUCUGGAUGUCUCUAUACAGUAUUUGUAUUUUCAUUCAUUUAGCCAUUUUUGUGCUUGAAGAAUAUGUUAAAUUUGCUUUAAAAAAUAUGCAUUUUUUGGCAAAUAAUAAGACGUCAAUCACAGCGAUAAUUUAUUAUUUUUAGUUAUAUUUUUGUUAUAAUUUAUUGUUGAAAAAACAUGAUAGAGUGAAGCCCUGAAAUUCGAACUUUAAAGUUUGAACUGUGUGCGUGUGUGUUAUACAUAAGGAGUCUUGAAGUAGUUGGAAUGUUACAUUUGUAGACUGGAAAGGUUUAAACUGUUGCUGUAACACUGAGUUUGUGUGUGUGUCAUUCAGAAAUGUAGACGUUGUAAUGAUGUGUGUGUUUGCUGGACGAGUUGUGCACAAAGAAAAAGCAAUAAAGUGCAUUCUUUGUCUUUU